UUUUUUUUUUGUUUUCUUUAUAAUAUUACAACAUUUAUUUAUUUUUUUCUUUGUUGCAAUUAUUGAAUAACAAAUCAAAAAUAAUGUCAAAGUUGACGGUGGAUGACAUUGAACGUACUAGUGAAUAUUUACAGUUUGUUCAUGAUCUGAAGCAAUUUCAUAUAUCAAAAGGUACAACUCUUCAAGCUGAACCUGUUCUUGGUGGGAAAAAAGUGGAUCUGUAUAAACUAUUCCAAAAAGUUCAAGAAGCUGGUGGAUUUGAUCAAGUAACUAAGAACCGUACCUGGAAACAGAUAGGUGAUGCCUUCAAUUUCCCUCCUACUUGUACAAAUAGUGCUUAUAUACUGAAAGGCUUAUAUAUACGGAAUUUGAUUGGUUGGGAAGACGAAAAGAUUUGGGGCAAAGAAUGGAUUCCACCUGCUGAAUUAUUAGGACCUGAUGCCCACAAAGCUUCGACCUUGGCAGGGAAAUCAUUUAAAAAGACACGCGGACGAGCAAGACAACAGUAUCCUGUAGUUAAUCAUCAUCAUCAUCAUCAUAUACAUUAUCAUCCUCCACAACAACAACAACAACAACAACAACAACAAAAAAGAUCAAUUCAACCUCAUCAACCCAACAGUAUCAUAUAUCCUUUACCUCAUCCGGAAAAUUGUAUGUCUGUACAUGACCAACCUUUUACACCUGAUAUUUUUGCCGAAUUGACUUCACAAUUUGUACCACCUUCUGAUCGAGAUAUUGUCAGUGAACCUCAUCAAUGUUCCAUUUCUGAACUUCAUCAUCAAAAUCAACCAUCUUAUCAUGUUCAUUCCAAAGAAGAUGCUCCUGUGCAUACUUCAUUCGAUAGUAAUACCAAACAGCGUAUUCUGGCAGCAUUACAAUAUGGAACUCAUAGUCAAAUAGAAUGGGCAUUGAAAAAUAUGGUGACCAUUUCUUUUGAAUGUCCCGAAGAACUACGACUGGAUCGCAAUCCUUCACUUUUGGAUCUUUUACUGAAAAUUGCUGAAGUCUCGUUACAACAAAGCGACGAAGCAGAAUGUAUGAUGGAACACACUUUACAAAUCUUGCAUAUUUUACGCAAUUUCUCAUUCAUUGAAGAAAAUGCACGGUUACUGGCGAACAGCACUCAAUUGAAGCAAAUGAUGAUCAAAAACCUGGUGUUAUCAUCAUCUCACUAUACUCAUUGUAUCGAUGUUCUGGAAAAUGUGGCUACUUAUAUUGAUAUUGGACCUUCAGACAAUUAUAUAUUAUGUCUUGCAAGUUUGGUUUAUGCCAAUGAACGACAUGUACUCCUGGGCUCCAUGCGUGUCCUUACUUUAUUGUCCCUGAACAAGAAUAAUCAAACAGCAUUGAUUCCUGGAUCCGCUCAAACAGCGGAUCGUAUUCUUCAACUUUUGGUGGUAAAUGAUGAAGAAGUGAUUGGUGCGGCCCUUGAAUAUCUCUAUCAAUAUACGCGGAUUUCCAACUCUUUCAGAUUACAGAUUCUUACCGCUCAUUCUGGUGCUGAUAUUGGUAUUUUGGUCUCUCUUCUCAUGGCAAAAUCAAAGUUUUUCAAGCCUCAAUUGAUCAAGGAAGAAGAUGAAAAUCAAGAGGAAAAUGGCUCUGUCUCUUCCUCUCGUCAUGGUUCCGUACAUUCUGAUUCUGUUCAUUCGCCUGGUGGUGAUCUUUUAUUAUCAGCUUCUUCUUCUCCUUCAAUGCCUUUUGCCACUCAUGGUGAUGUUCCUUGUGUUCCUAAUUUGGCAAGUUAUCAAGAAUUAGAUGAACCUUAUCGGUGUUUAGGAUGGUUGAAAGACAAGUUUGAAUUGGCGGAUCCAAGUAGUGUGCUUUCUUUGGAUGAUAUGUAUUUAUUAUAUGAAAUUCGAUUUGGUCAUGAACGAGCUUUAAAAGUGAAAGAUUUUUAUACAGUAUUGAAGAUUGCUUUCCCAAGAUCAUCGGCAUCCCCUGCAGAAGGUUCAAAUGGACAAGAAUCACUUAAUACAGGACCAGUAUUAGAAGGAACUUAUGUUCGUGGUAUUAAAAUUAAAAUAUCUAUCUUACAGGAUGGUGCUGAUGUAUUAUGUCAAUGGACUGAUUGUUCUCAAACUUUUCAAGAUGAAAUUUUAUUACAACGACAUAUUUUACAAGAUCAUAUGGAAUCCAGUGAUGAUAUUUGUAUGUGGACAGAUUGUGAACAAGCAGAACCUUUUAAUGACAAAUUGGAUAUUGCAGCACAUUUACGAAAACAUUUUGGUGAUGAUCAACAACAAACUUCUUCAGCUGAAAUGGUACCUACAUUAGCAUCAUUAUCAUUAUCUUCUACACAACAACCACAAUCAUCAUCACCACAAUCAACCAUAUCACCUAUAGAUACAUCACCAAUACGUGGUAUAUCUUUGGUAGCAGCUCAUUUAUUACGACAAUUAUCCAAAGAUCCAAAAAGUCAUAUUUAUUUUAUGCCUUAUGAACGUGAAUUACUAUUGAUUGCACAACAACGACCGAAAUUGACUCCUUUUAUUCAACCUAUGUUCUCCAAUUUUAGACUUUUAAGUUAGUGUAUUUAUUUAUCAUCAAUAAUAAUAAUAAUAAUAAAAAAAAAUUAUCAUUUUUUAUUUU